AUGCCAGUGGCGGUGGCGAGAUCUGCGAAGAGGAUGGAAGAACAAGAUGAUGAUAAUGAGGAAGAGGAGGAGGAUGAGUCAGUGGUGGGGUUAGAGAUGAUGGUUGUGAAUGGUUCUGAUCUUCUGAAUCUCCGGCCGACGAUAGUUGCUAGCGACGGAAAAGAAGCAGGGAUCCCUCUUGGUGCGCAGACCACCGCGGACGUGCCCUCCUCCUUGGGCACUUUCCUUAUGGACUCCAUGGAUUGCACCCAGCCUCAGAUUGAAGCUAUCCUCCGUCAUCUGAAACUGGACGUUGUCUUCUUCGAUUUCACCCACCGGUUGCCAGCUCUGGCCCUCUGGUUGGGGAUCGAGUCUGUAUUCUACAGUGUCGUCAACCCCUCGAUGAUCGCCUAUGCAUUGUCCCCGGUAAGGCGCUUUCCUGGCGAAGAGUUAGCCGAGGUCAACAUUGCUCAACCCCUAGAAAGGUAUCCGCUUUCGGCGAUGAAGCUCCAUGGUCGCGAGGCCAGAGCCUUUGAAGCUCGAAGGAAGAAGAAGUUUGGCGAAGACAUGCUGUUCUAUGCCCGCCUUUAUGCUAGCUUGUACAAAUGUGAUGCACUAGGCUUCUCGACCUGUGGGGAGAUUGAAAGGCCAUUCUGUGACUACCUCAGGAGCCAAUAG